UUUUGGAUUUUUUGUUCUGUUCUGGGACUCGGGCUUCGGCCCAUGUAGCAGAAGGCAGCGCCCCCGCUGUGCAGGGUGGGUCUGGGGCUUUUGGACCCGCAGCCCCUGGGACUGGGGUCCCCCAGGCUCCCCGCCUCCUCUCCGCCGACAGAGUCCCCUCGGCCUCACCCCAUCGGACCCCCCAGCCUCCGGGCCGGCGCCGCUCGGGUCCCGCCGCCCAGGGCGCAGCGUCCAGCGCAGAUAUGAACUUUGAGGACGUGGCCAUUGCCUUCUCCGAGGGCGAGUGGGGCCUCCUUGAUGAGCCUCAGAGACUUCUAUACUGCGAUGUGAUGCUGGAAGUGUUUGCACUGGUGUCAUCUGUAGGUUGUUGGCAUAAAACAGAUGAUGCGGAGGCCUGUUCUGAGCAGAGUGUAUCUGUACAAGGGGAGUCACAGGUUGGUGCUUCUAAGACAGAGCCAGCAACCCAGAGGACCCCUCUCUGUGGGAGGUGUGUCUCUGUGUUAAAAGACAUUCUGCACCUGACUGAGUCACAAGCAGCAGACUUUGAGCAGAAGGCCUUCUUCAGUGACGCAUGUGUGAGAGACUUCUGUUUCAGUGCAAACCCUCACCAGCAACAGAGGGAAGCCAGUGGAGAGAAGCCCUGGAAAGAAGCUGUGGACAGGGCCUCGUUUGUGACCAGGUGCAGCUUCUACUUAUCUUGGGUACAUUCACCCAAUAAGGAGGGUGGGGAAGACUUGCCAGCCAUCUCAGAGCUUCUCCAGCCCCAGGCCCCUCUCAACGCUGAGGAGCCACACAGUGGCAGUGAGAGUUCCCAGAAACUUCUCAGUGGAAAACGUCAUAACCAGUGGGGUCAAUGUGAAAAUGCUGCCAGCCACAACCAGAAAGUUGUACAACAGAGCGUCUGCUCUGGAGAAGUGAAUUAUGAAUGUAACAAAUAUGGAAAAAUUUUUAGAGGAAUCUCUAGCCUCAUUCGACAUAGGAAAGUUCACACUGGAGAAAAGCCAUAUGAGUGUAGUGAUUGUGGGAAGGCCUUCAGAUGUAAGACUAACCUCAAUCAACACCACAGACUUCACAUUAGAGAAAAGCCCUAUGUGUGUACUGAUUGUGGCAAGACUUUCAGUCGUAGGUACAACCUCACUGUACACCAAAGAGUUCACACUGAGGAAAAGCCAUAUGAGCGUAUUGAUUGUGGCAAGACUUUAAGUCAUAGGUACAACCUCACUGAACACCAGAGAACUCACACUGGAGAAAAACCUUAUGAGUGCAGUGAAUGUGGGCAGUCCUUCAGACUAAGGUCUGCCCUCACUAAACACCGGAGAGUUCACACUGAAGAAAAACCUUAUGAGUGUAGUGAAUGUGGGCAGUCCUUCAGACGAAGGUAUGCCCUCACUAAACACCACAGAGUUCACACUGGAGAAAAACCUUAUGAGUGUACUGAUUGUGGCAAGACUUUCAGUCAUAAGUCCAACCUCACUGUACACCAGAGAGUUCACACUGGAGAAAAACCUUAUGAGUGUAGUGAAUGUGGGCAGUCCUUCAGACGAGGGUAUGCACUCACUAAACACCACAGAGUUCACACUGGAGAAAAACCUUAUGAGUGCAGUGAAUGUGGGAAAUCUUUUAGAUGCCAUGGUCACCUUUUUACCCACAGGAGAAUUCACACUGGAGAAAAACCUUAUGAGUGUAUUGAAUGUGGGCAGUCCUUCAGAGAAAGGAGUAUGCUUACUAAGCACCAGAGAGUUCACACUGAGGAAAAACCUUAUGAGUGUACUGAUUGUGGCAAGACUUUCAGUCAUAGGUCCAACCUCACUGUACACCAGAGAGUUCACACUGGAGAAAAACCUUAUGAGUGCAGUGAAUGUGGGAAAUCUUUUAGAUGCCAUGGUCACCUUUUUAAGCACAGAAGAAUUCACACUGGAGAAAAACCUUAUGAGUGUAGUGAAUGUGGGCAGUCCUUCAGAGCCAGGAGUACGCUUACUAAGCACCAGAGAGUUCACACUGGAAAAAAACCGUAUGAGUGUAGUGAAUGUGGGCAGUCCUUCAGAGAAAGGAGUAAGCUUACUAAGCACCAGAGAGUUCACACUGGAGAAAAACCUUAUGAGUGCAGUGAAUGUGGGCAGUCCUUCAAAGGAAAGUCUGCCCUCACUAAACACCAGAGAGUUCACACUGGAGAAAAACCUUAUGAGUGUACUGAUUGUGGUAAGACUUUCAGUCGUAGGUACAGCCUCACUGAACACCAGGGAGUUCACACUGGAGAAAAACCUUAUGAGUGUAGUGAAUGUGGGCAGUCCUUCAGACUAAGGUCUGCCCUCACUAAACACCGGAGAGUUCACACUGGAGAAAAACCUUAUGAGUGUACUGAUUGUGGCAAGACUUUCAGUCAUAGGUGCAACCUCACUCAACACCAGAGAGUUCACACUGGAGAAAAACCAUAUGAGUGCAGUGAAUGUGGGAAAUCUUUUAGAUGCCAUGGUCACCUUUUUAAGCACAGGAGAAUUCACACUGGAGAAAAACCUUGAGUGUAGUGAAUGUGGGAAAUGUUUUAGCCAAAAAUCUCACCACCUUAGACACCUGAUUGUUCACAAUGGAGAAAAGCUUUAAAUGGGCACCGAAUACUUUCUUUUUCUCUUUGAUAAUAACAACACUGAAGGGGACUCUUUUAUACACAAUUAACAGAACAUAAACCCCUUUUAUCACAACACGCACUCCGCUUAAUUCCUCAUUAAAUUUCAAGUACAAGUGAUGCUUUAAAUAACUGCAUGGCACUUGCUAAUAUACUCGGGCCUACUACCCGAUUGAAAACAGUGGGACUAUUCCUGGCUGAGGCGAUUUCACCUGCACCACCUGGCUCACCUGAUCAGGGUGCAUCAGUCACAGCCCCUGCGUGGUCAGGGAAAAAGGAUUCUGUGUUCUCACCUCCGCCUGAGCAAACUGUGAUUCCUCCAAGCUCCUGGCAGGAUCUUCAUUCCUUUCUGACUAGGAAAUGGAGUUGAUUGAGGGUUCAUCCAGCGCACCCAUCCUCAGCUAAGAAGAGCUACCUCUCUCAGAGACAUAGUGGCUCUCACCUUAUGCUGUGAUGAAUUGCUUCAGGUUCCAAUCCACCAACCUGCAACCCCAUGGAAUUUAAUAACACGUCUCUGGUUUAUGAUCUUUUUGUUCAGGUGAUUUACUCAUGUACUAGUAACUUUCAUUUUGUUGGUCCUAUUCAUUGCCUGGCUUGAUCUGAAAGCACACUUGGGAUCUGUCAGCAUGAACAGGGGAACAGAUAUUGUGGGAAUCCCCAACCUGCUAUGCUCCCAAAGGCAAAGCGUGGAGUCAGAAAAUCACUGUCCAGUAUUCACUUGUAGUGCAGUGCUGCCCAAGACCUGGAAAGAAAGCCGGCAUGACUUGGUGGUUCUCAUUUGCAGCCUGGUGCCUCCUAUGAUUGCGGUCUGAGGUCAUCCUGAAGAUGGGGGUGAGAGGGCUUUGUUGUGCUUCUGUGAACAAUGUGAAUUAUAUUCUCCGUUCACAGUGUGUAUUACAUGCUGUCAAGGUGCUCUGUGCCGUUAUGAAUGGCAUUUCAUAGGCUGGUGUCACUUGUAUUGAGACUCUGAGGGUUAGUUUGAACUACAACUGGGUCAGAAACCCUGUAUUCAUAGUGAGUGGGAAAGAGUGCAGAGAAUUAGGUGAAUCGCACCUCUUCUGCAUGUUACCCACAAAUGACCAAGGAUUUGUGACUUGUGUGGUCAUUGUGGACAGGCGUCCUCAGUUCCUUUAUCACUGUUUCCUGUGGCUAAAGUCAUUUUUACAGAAUAUAAUCUAAAGGGUCUGUUUCCUCUUCUGGCCUCUCUAAGGUGUUCACCUCAAGGUUUGCUCAACAGGGAAGACCUCAAAGCUAGAGGAAGGGUAAUCCUGUAGUCAGUCCCAGGAUGUGGCUUUUGUUACCCAGUGUGCAUUCCUGUGAUUUGAUGGCCAUAGUCUUCCCUGCUUGCCAAGAUUUGCUGCCACUGAGGCAAGGCUGGUCCUCCUAGGGAAUUAGGAGAGGGAUGGUAGAGCCCAUAUAGGGUUGUCAAUUUAAUUUUCUAACAAGACGGAUAUCUAGGCCUUUAUUUUGAAGCACAAUUUAAGGUUUUUUAAUGUUUAUUUGCAACUUAGAUGCAACAAAAUGCACUUAUCUAAUGUGUACUGUUUGGUGAACUGGGACAUAGGGAUCAAGCUCUGAAACGGUCACGUGUGACAUAAACUUUUCUCUCACCAUAUACAGGUUAAGGCAAACCAGGCAUACAGAUGUGAUUAUGCAGAACACAGAGUUGACUCUCUAUUUUUCUAAAUAAGUAUUUUACAUAUUUCAAAUUAUUUUUAUUGACUUUUCACAAAGAGGAAGGGAGAGAGAGAGAGAGAGAGAGAGAGAGAGAGAGAGAGAGAGAAGUGGUGUUAUUAGAAAGACACAUCAGACAGCUGCCUCCUAAACGUAAACUACAUGGCACCCAGGUAGGCAUGUGCCAGGAGAUGGAAUGGAACCAGUGACCUUCUAGGGCAAGAGAUGGUGCUCAAAACCUGACGUUCACUAGCCAGGGAGGAGUUUAUUCUUGUUUUUCAUUAUUUUUAAAUUAUUAUAGUAAUUUCUAUGCCAACAGCUCUACACCUACUUUGCCACACCCUGUAGUUACCUCCUGCCCUUUUGUCAUCUCUCCUUCUGCCUUCCUCAGCCCUAAAUGCAGUCAUUGAUUUUUCUUUCUUUACAAGGUUAGUUAAUAUUUUUCAUAAUUCCGUAAGCAGUAUAAGGGGUACACAAAUAUUGCUCUCCUUCAUGCUACACAGUUAUCUUGAGAUUCAACAUGAUGCUUAUGUGAAUAGUUGAUUAUUUUUUAUUGCUGAGUCGUAUUGUGUUCUGCAAAUUACCACUUGAUCUAUUAAUCUUUCAGUGGUUUUAGUUAUUUCCAGGUUUGGGAUAUUAAAAAUAAGUCUGCUGGGAAUAUUGCCUUCAAUUCUUUAUAUAGAUGUAUGUUUUACUUAUCAAACUGAUGCAGUGUAGGCGAAUGUUUUACCUGUUAGUGUAUGCAGAACUGUGGUCUAAAAUGGCCAUUCCCUUUGCCUUGCCAUCCACCCACAGUAAUGAAAAUUCUAGUUUUUCCACAACCCUGCCAGCACAUGUGAUGUUUAAUCCUUUUAAUAAUAGGCCGAGAAAUGAGUAUAGUGUUAACUUGCUUUGUUUUAAUUCCAUUUCCCUAAUAAAUUUUUAUGUUGAACGUU